AUGCCUUGGUCUUUGCCCUUCUUUCCCUACCCAGCUGCAAAAGAUGGAUACUGGGAGCCUGUUACCUCCACCUUGAACUGGUGCGAAGAGGACUAUUAUGCCACCGAAUAUGCUGCGGAGAUCGUUAAUACACUUACGAACCUGCUAUUUAUGUAUCUUGGAGUCCAGGGCAUCCUCAGCUGCCGUCGCAAUGGACAUGACCAGAUCUUCACCGUAGCUCUCCUGGGCUACUUGGUAGUUGGAACUGGGAGCUUCUUGUUCCACUCGACUCUGAAGUGCAAGUGCCCCUCUACCCCUCCUAAACCCCAUAUCCCCGUUGAAUGGCAACACCGACAAUACCCAAAUUCGACCUGCAAUCUCAUCCCAAGGGCAAUACUGACCGUUGAUACCAACAACAGACCCCAUGCAACUAGUGGACGAACUCUCAAUGAUCUAUACAACCUGACAACCCCCAUACGACUCUUCCUCGGUGUUUCCCUCGCAGGACUUUCCGUGUUUAUCACCCUCUACUACCACUAUCUCCAAGACCCGGCCUUCCACCAGAACGCCUAUGCGAUGUUGACCACCGUUGUGGUCCUGCGCACUAUCCACACCAUGGAAGUAACCCUCCGGCCGAAAUGGCGCCACUCAACUGAGGAGGACCGCCUGUCACGCCAGAAGCAAGGAUUGCCCGUUCCGACGAAGGAGCGCCAGCAUUACGAGAAUGUUCGGGACGAGAAGACUCUCAAGACCAUGUGGUUCAUGGUUAUAUAUGGAUUGAGCAUGUUUUUGGGCGGCUUCUUCAUUUGGAACUUGGAUAACGUGUUCUGCUCCGAAAUUCGGCAGAUGCGUCGCGCUGUUGGACUCCCCUGGGGUCUCUUGUUGGAAGGUCAUGGGUGGUGGCACAUUAUGACCGGCAUUGGUGCUUACCUGUAUAUCGUAUGGGGCAUUUGGCUCCGACACUGUCUCAAUAACCGACAGGAAGAAUACCACUUGCGCUGGGCGCACUUCUGGCAAAUCCCCGAGGUGAUCCGUACGUCGGAUGGACCAUACGAGAAUGGGAUGUCGCGGGCCAAGAAGUCCACGUGA